AUGCCGAAUUUUAUUGACCUCGAUGGAGAUAUUGGAACUCUCGGACAGGAGGUAGCCUUCCCGCGAGUCAGCUCAAAGAUGAAAGUGGCUGAGUUGAGAGAGGAAGCUAUAGUUCGGUGGCACGAUAAGCUGACUAUCCCCAAGAUGAAAACAGAUUUUCUGGACUUACUGGUUACUGGGACAAUCUAUAUCAGAGGCACUCAGGCCUGGGAAGAGAUUGAGAUGCUCCUGGCACGUGUCGAGAUGGAGAAGGAGGAACUGCGGGAGGUCGCUGCGGCUAAAGCAAGGUAAAUACCGUGUGAUUCGUAGGGAUCUAAACCUGUGGGACGGGUUUUUGUUACCACGGAUUGUGGGAUGCUGGUAAAAUGACGAUCUAUGAAGGCUAAAUUUAUAUGCAUGCCAAUUUCGUUGUCUUCUCGAAUAUGGACGCGUUUUUGUGAUUAUAUAUAUAUCUGCCAAUUGCA